UUUCCUCAGUUUUUGGAAAUACUGUUGACUUCAUCAAUGACUUGUCCAUCGAUCUCCUGCCACAUCUGUCCAUUGUGUAAACUAGACCCACUGAUACCAAACUCCUCCACCAGGGGAAGGAGUUCACCUUCAACCAAGAUGGGACAUACCUCUCUAGAAAAACAAAGGUCAUGUGUGACGGACAUCUUUCAUUGCGAAGCUCUGUAGUUGCUAUUAGAAACCUUCAAUUCGUCUCAAACAAUUUUAUGAUUUUCAUAUAGAAUUAUUGCAACUGUUUUAUGCUCUGCUUAGAAAGUAUUUCAUGGUAAUAGGUUGCUGUCUAUCGAUAGUCAAAUGCCUUUUUUAUGAACAUGAACUUAAGUCUUGAUUGAUCAUUGUAGUUUGUUUCCAACUACUGUACAGUGUUGACUUUAAAAAGAUCUAGAUAACAACUGUCACCAGCUGCAGCAUGGGAGGAACCUUCAGUGAGGGGUCCCUCCUCUGCGUUUGUAUUUCUCACUCUUCUCACUUCCCGACUCUCAACCUUGAGUAGCAGCUGCUGAAACAUCAAGCUCUUCAGAUGAGUUAGGUGCGAUGGUAAAGAGCAUGACCUUGGGGCGACGCUGGGCCUGCGAUAUCAUGUGGCGCUCACAUUCCAGAUAAAAGCCCUUUCAGGAAUAUUUGCCGGCGUGGGAUGAGUCAACUCCGAGAGAAGAAUCUUGUGAACCAACUGGGAUUCUGAUUUAAAUAGGUCAUUGGUUGGAUUCCACAUGACUUUCUACGUUUCCCCAACUGACUGCUGCCAUUUUGGAUCACAACCUGGAAAGCCUUCUCUUCUAAACCCAGCUGAUUCUCAGAAAGAAACAUGGCCGAUUCGACGGAUUUGGCGGUGAAAUGCGUUCUAGUCGGAGACAGCGCGGUCGGAAAGACAGCUCUGCUCGUGCGCUUCACCUCUGAAACUUUUCCAGAAACCUACAAGCCAACGGUCUUUGACAACACUGGGGUGGAGGUGUACAUGGACGGGGUUCUGGUCAGUCUGGGACUGUGGGACACAGCUGGUCACGACAGCUUCCGGCCCAUUCGACCCAGAUCCUACCAGCAGGCUGACGUCGUGCUCAUCUGCUACUCUGUUGUCAACCAAAACUCCUUUGCUAACAUCCUGAACAAGUGGAUUCCAGAAGUCCGACAGCACCUUCCAAAGGUGCCCGUGCUGAUUGUGGCCACGCAGACUGACCUGAGGGAGUCGCCGGCACACCGCGGCCAAUGCAUCUCACCUGCUGAAGGUAGACACGUGGCUCAGGAGGUGCGUGCCAAGGGCUACCUGGAAUGUUCUUCACUUGGCAACCGUGGCGUGCAACAAGUGUUUGAGCACGCAGUGCGGUCGGCAGUACGCCAGACCCGGAAGCAGGCCCGGCGACGUAUGUUCAGUUUAAACCAGUGCAAAGUGUUCUGAUGCUUUGCGAUGGACUGACGGAGCGGGGAACUUGUUGUUCGUCCAGAACUAUUCAUGCAACAAUUCAACCUCAAAUGUCGCAGCUGAUGCAUGGCAGAAAAGUCUUUCCUGAUGAGCGAAGCAGUGCUAACGGACAUUUUAAUUGAGAAUUAUUUUUGGCAUAAAUCGUUUUUUGCAAUUCACAUUUGUCAUGAUGGCUCAGUUUAGGUCUUCGCCAGGAAACUCGAGUCACACAUUCAUGGGCAGCAAAUUAACAGAUCGAGUUAAAUUCAGAGAGGACUUCUUAAAAAGAAUCUAUUUGAAAAUGGAUACCUCACAUGUGGCUAAAAUAGUAAUAACUGUUGUUUUUUUGUGAAUUACUGCUUGAGGUUUAUAAAGAUUUCUUUUCUAUUUUUUUCUUUUUGUUUUAUGUUCAUCUGAUCCGCUGCGUGUUAUCUUUGCAUUAUGUUGUGUCCUCUUCGGAAAUCCUUGAAUAUUUCACUUAUUCAGAAAUGUUCUUAUUUAUUCUGUGUAACUAUCAAAGGCACCCUCUUUCCAAUUUUGAAAACAGUGAGAUAUUGUGAACAUUCAGUCAAAAUGUGUCUUUAUGGAUAUAUAUGGAUGUUAUCUAUGAGAUUCAUAAACUAUUUUUCUUUAGAAGUCAUUCCUUUGUGGAUCAUGGAUUAUUUUUGAGGUCUUCAGUGAAGUCUGCAAGGAUGCACAUUUUUGACAAUUAAUUUAUUGUUUGCAUUAAAUUAGAUAGCAUAAAACUGUUGAAGAUUACUGAUGAUGAUUUUAUCAUUUAUACACCCUGCAUUCAUUCCUGUGAAAGCAAAAAAAAACCCUACGUUGUGACAGGAAAUGAUAAAGCUUGUUGAGUCACUUUCUGAACUGAAGCCGGCUUCAUUUAAAGAUGAGCUUGUUUAGCAUCUCAGUCACAACUCACGCAGUUGUGAGCCAGGAUGAUGCCAGGCUGAGCUGUACGUAUAAUGCACCAUGUUGCGUUCACUGCACGAGCAACUGCAAGAGUUUGGUCUGUUUUGAAAGAAAGAUUGAAUGAGACAGGUUUGCUUCUUGAAACAAUGUCAUCCUUGGUUUUGAAAAUCACAACAUUUACACUGUCGUCCAGCUUUAUAGUAGAGAUACAAAAAAGACUCAUGUCCAUGAACUAGUUGGUUGGUGUUUAUGGGUUUCUUCUGGGUUUAUUUAUUAAUGUUGUCUUCAAACUGUGCUUUAUGAACAAGAGGAAGUGAGGUGUUGUUUAACCCCCACCGCAGCUCUCCCUGUUAACGUGUGAUCUUUGUUUCUGCUCAGUGUGAUAGUCAUGGUGACGUUCUAAUACUCCGAGCCAUGUCUAAAUACACAAAGCAUUGAUUUCAAACAUUGUACAGUGUCAAUACAUUCUGACAUUGUACACUUUAAAAGCCUACGUGUAUUCUGUUCU